CAGGGGCUAACCAGCAACAGACCGCCAUGACGACUACAAGAAAAGUACGAUGCUGGGAGAUAUUGCUUCUCCUGUUGUCUACUGUUUCAAUAUCAAGAUCCGAAGCUAACGUAGCCUUAUUGAAGCCAGCUGAGCAGAGCAGCGAGAGUACCGUUCGGUGGGUAGCAAGUAAGGUUGUGGAUGGCUGUACAAAGACUACUAUAAGAUCUAACUGCUGUACACACACAAGGGGUGAUCAAACACAGGCCUGGUGGCGUGUAGACAUGGGUGAGCUGACAACAAUCAAUAGGAUCACUAUAUAUUACAGUGAUUAUUACCAACACAGAUUCGCCGGGUAUCAGCUGUACUUGUCUAACACCACCGAGAGCCCUACACAAGGUGUCCUUUGUUAUGAGGACAAGAGUAGUACUCAAGCUCAGGUACAGUUGUUGGUGACACAUCAGUGCCCGUAUGUAGCUCGGUACGUGACCGUCUACAACUAUAGACACAACCCCAAACGGUACAGCUGGUAUGAUGAUUUUGCCAUUCUCAUGUUAUGUGAGGUGCAGGUAUUUGGAUGUCCAGUAAGGAGCUACGGUGAUGGUGACUGUUACAGCCAGUGCUCUGGAAAUUGUUAUGGCGGUAACUGUAACUCUACAACCGGUUCCUGCUUCUAUUGUUUCCCAGGAAAGUAUGGCGAUUACUGUAACAACGAUUGUUCCACGAAGUGUAAAGACAGCAUUUGUGAGAGGGGCACAGGAUAUUGUUUUGCAUGUGAUCCGGGUUUUUAUGGGAAUAGCUGUAACCAGAAAUGUUCAAGAAACUGUAAAGACAAAACUUGUGUCCAAGGGAAUGGAUUCUGCAAAGACUGCGAAGGCGGGUUUUUUGGUCCCGAAUGCAAUCCCUGUUCGACUGGCUGUGCCAAUCCCACCUGCAACAAAUCAUUUGGAAAUUGUAGUCGAUGUAAUUCUGGACUCCAUGGCAACAAUUGUGAUCGGAGUUGUCCUGCUAACUGUAAAGACCAACUGUGUAUACAGAAUUCUGGAGACUGUACAGGAUGUGACCCUGGUUAUCACGGCAGUGAUUGCUAUCAGACAUGUUCGGCCAAUUGUGCUAACCAAACGUGUGAUCAGAACACUGGCCUAUGUACAGAAUGUAUCAAAGGAAAGUACAGUGGCGUGUGCAACCUCGAUUGUUCCGACAACUGUAAAGAUAAGUCAUGCAUGAAGGACAAUGGAUAUUGCCUAGAAUGUGUUAAUGGAAAGUACGGUGACGCGUGUGACCUUGAUUGUUCUGACAACUGUAAAGAUAAAUCAUGCUGGAAGGAAAAUGGAUAUUGCCCAGAAUGCACUCCUGGAAAGUACGGCCCAUACUGUUCAUCGGAUUGUCCGGGUAGAUGUAAAGACAAUAGUUGUCAACAAAUCGAUGGAGUAUGCAAUGUAUCAUCACAGCCGGAUAGUUUUAAUAACACUGCAGCUGGAAUAGGGGUCGCAUUUGGAGUGAUCAUUAUGGCUCUGGUCAUAGUAGUCAUCCUAUUGAUUAGACGUUCGUCAAGGAACAAAGGAGAGGAUAGAAGACUUACUCAUAUUACAAAUGUGUCUGAGUCGGUCAGACAAAGUGAUUUACAGAAAAACUCAGAUGGAACAUACCAUGGCACAGGAUCCCAUACAAUGACACAACCUAUUCAGUCGAACAGAAUAGAUGGACACUAUGAACAAUUGGACCCUCUAAAGCGAGAACCCGCAAAUGUUUACGAGACUACAAAGACGGUUCAUAAGGAGGAUGGGUCAUUAUAUUCGAACAUUUGACUAUUUAUUUUAUAUAAUUUGAUCUAAUUGUGUGGCCAAUGGGUAUUUUAAACUAAAAUCGAUAAGGCCAGGGGACUCUGUGCGUCAUUCCUGCCAUGAUCAUUAGAAAACGGGCCUUCAUUUUUAACUGAUAAAAUCUGACGCGAAAUAUUUAAAUUUCGAAUAUAUUUAUUGUAUGAAACCAAUGAUGGAAAAUAAUUUAGACAUGGUACUUUGAUGUAUAGCCACCUGGUGUGGAUAUAUGUAAUAUCCUUAUGCUAUAUACAAAUAAUGUUUAUAUAAUUAAAUUAUCAAUAUUCCUAGAUAUUGAAGCUGAAUUUUGUCAGAAGAUUGUAUAAUGAUUAAUAUCUAAUUAUGAACAUGAACUAAUAAGUAACUGUGUCCUUUGUUAGGCAGCCUUUUUUUAAGUAUGCUUUAGAUUUAUCUGCUUCAGUUCCCAUCUGGGUUUAGAAUUGCAGGUGUUGGGCCUGAAACGUCACAGCUACUAUAUCAUUGACAAGUUAAUCAGUGAUAUACAGGUAUAUAUACCACAGGUGUAGUUGUCGCGUUUUUAUUCUAUAUCCUCUAAUAAUGUGCAUUCAAAGACUAACAACAGUAUAUUUAACCGAAUACCUUUUUAGGACGUAAAGCACAAACAAAACAAAACCAAUGAAAAGGAUGAAAAUAUUAUAUACAA